GAGACGGAGAGAGACAGAUAGAGAGAGAGACGGAGAGAGAGAGAGAGAGAGAGACGGAGAGAGAGAGGGGGGAGCUCUCUACCGCCGCCCGCCGCUCACACACCGGGCAGCGCUCUGAACCAAACCGAGCGGAUCUAACCUACUUACCGUCCUGAAGCUGCAGCCUGUCGGUCGGUCUGUCAGCCGGUCCGGACCGUCGGUGUGUGUGUCAGUGGGUCUGUUCCGCUCCGGUCCGGUCGGUGCCGGUGUGUGUGUGUGUGUGUGUACGUGUGUGUGACCCGGUUUCUUCUCCGUGCUGGACCGGGAGAGCCGCUCUCUCCCCGCACCCUCACCCUCUUUAAUGACCGGAUUUGUGUUUUGCUGCGCGAUGUACAUGGACAGAAGCAGCCUGAGCAGGGGUCCCUCCUCCACCUCCAGUCCCAGCUUGCUGACGAAGAGUCUCUCUUUAGAGCCGUCCUGCUCGCCGUGCGGCCACCAGGAGGCGCUGGACGACGACUCCCCCCAGCAGCCGAGCUCUGACCCGGGGCCCAGCUCCUCCUCAUCGGGCCCAGCCUUCCCAGAGGGAGGGGAAGAGCGAACGGAGCGCCAGGAGCUGCCACUGGUUAUUGAUACGGGGCCACCGGAGCUGCCAGCUACCACGUUUACACCACCGGGCAAGAGCAGACCGCCGCUGCCCGGCCCGAAGCCGCAGGUCCCCCCGAAGCCCCCCCACCUCCAGCAGCAGGCGGGGGUGACAAGGCCACGCCCCCGUGCUCCGGACAAGCCCCUCCCCCCUCCGCCGCCCUGCAGACCCCUGCCGUCGGACCCCCGGGGAGGCCGGACUCCGCCCUCCCGUGCCGAUGGCACCGCCUCCCCCACCUGUGUCCUGUCUCUCAUCGAGAAGUUUGAGCGCGAGCAGAUCAUCGUGGUUCCUGACAUCACUGGGGGGGCUCUGUGUCCCCGCCUCCCUGAGCCCGCCUCCUCCCAACCUUCAUCACCACCAUCUUCAUCAUCGCCCGCCCCUCCCCCGCCUGAGGAGGACCCGCUGUGUGAGCCUAAAGGUGAUGACAUCACAGUGGGGGGUGGAGGGGAGGAGGGAGACCUGCAGGACGACCAUGAUAAUGAAGAUAAUGAUGAUGAUGAUGAUGAUGAUGAUGAUGAAGAGCUGGUGGCGGCGUGUCGUGACGACCUCCAUCAGAAGCGUCUCUCCAUGGAGUCGGGUUACAGCGCCUCAGAGAAACACCUGGAGGACGACGUGGUUGCCGUGGAGAUGAGGGAGCAGCAGCUGCAGCCGGCGCCGCUCGACCAGUCUGAGCACCCCUCCGAGCGUCUGUCCCUCCCCUCCUCGCAGACGGACGGGAAGCUGGCCAAUCGGGACAGCGGCAUCGACAGCAUCAGCUCUCCGUCGCACAGCGAGGAGCUCUGCUUCGCCGGUGUGGACGAUGGAGGCGUGGCUUACCCCUGCAGCCCCGCCCUCCUGCCCCGCCUCUCAAGCUCGUCUUCCUACGCGGGGGAGGGAGGAGAGGGCGAGGGGGAGGAGGGGGAGGCGCGCAGCGGAGUUAGGAGGAGGAGGAGGGAUUUCUCAGAGGAGGGAGACAGCGACCUGGAGGAGGAGGAGGCGGAGCUGACGCUGGUGCUGCCCCCCCCCAAGACUGACAGACAGGACUCUGCUGAGAUGUCUGUCCAGCAGAGGGUCUUCAACAUCGCCAACGAGCUGCUGCACACAGAGACCGCCUACGUCUCUAAGCUCCACCUCCUGGACCAGGUUUUCUGCGCCCGGCUCCUGGAGGAGGCACGCUCUCGCUCCUCCUUCCCCUGUGACGUUGUUCAGGGAAUCUUUUCCAACAUCUGCUCCAUCUACUGCUUCCACCAGCAGUUCCUGCUGCCCGCGCUGCAGAAACGUAUGGAGGAGUGGGACUCAAACCCGCGGAUUGGGGACAUCCUGCAGAAGCUGGCUCCCUUCCUGAAGAUGUAUGGCGAGUAUGUGAAGAACUUCGACCGAGCCAUGGAGCUGGUGAACAUCUGGAUGGAGAGAUCGGCUCAGUUUAAGACCAUCAUCCAGGAGAUCCAGAGGGAGGAACGCUGCGGUAACCUGACUCUGCAGCAUCAUAUGUUGGAGCCGGUUCAGAGGAUUCCUCGCUACGAGCUGCUGCUCAAAGAUUAUCUGCACCGACUGCCUGAGGAUGCCCCGGACCACAGGGACGCCCAGAAGUCUCUGGAGCUGAUCGCCACAGCGGCGGAACACUCCAACGCCGCCAUCAGGAAGAUGGAGCGAAUGAGGAAGUUGUUGAAGGUGUACGAGCUGUUGGGAGGAGAAGAAGACAUUGUUAACCCGACUAACGAGCUCAUUAAAGAGGGACACAUCCUGAAACUGUCCAACAAGAACGGGACCACACAGGACAGAUACCUCAUACUGUUUAAUGACAGGUUGCUUUACUGCGUCCCGAAGCUGCGUCUGAUUGGUCAGAAGUACGGCGUCCGUGCUCGCAUUGAUGUGGACGGUAUGGAGCUAAAGGAGACCAGCAGUGUUGCAGUAUCCAGGACGUUCCUCGUGUCUGGAAAACAGAGAUCCCUGGAACUGCAGGCCAGGACGGAGGAGGAGAAGAAGGACUGGAUACAGGCCAUCCAGGCGACCAUCCAGAGACACGAGCAGACGGUGGAAAGCUUCAGACAUCUGAACUGCUCACUACGAGAUGACGAGUCCACACCGCCUCACUCCCCGAGCUGUGUGGAGUUGGGAAAGAGAGCGCCGACUCCCAUCAGAGAGAAAGAGGUCACUCUGUGUAUGAAGUGUCAGGAGCCGUUCAACUCCAUCACCAAGAGACGGCAUCACUGUAAAGCCUGUGGACACGUGGUUUGUGGGAAAUGUUCAGAGUUUCGCGCUCGUCUGUCGUAUGACAACAACCGGACCAACCGCGUUUGUGUCGACUGCUACGCCAUGCUGGUGGGAGUGUCGCCCACGCCAACCACGCUGACCAGCAGCACCCACAGGAGGCGCUCCAUCCUGGAGAAACAGGCCUCCCUGGCUGCAGAGAACAGUGUGAUUUGUAGUUUUCUUCACCACAUGGAGAAAGGAGGGGGGCGGGGCUGGCAGAAGGCGUGGUUGGUCAUCCCUGAAAAUGAGCCGCUGGUGCUCUACAUCUACGGAGCUCCACAGGACGUGAAGGCGCAGCGCAGCGUGCCUCUGAUUGGCUUCGAGGUCUCCCUUCCUGAGUCAUGUGACCGCCUGGAGCGACGCCACGCCUUCAAGAUUUCCCAGAGUCACCUGACCCUGUACUUCAGUGCGGAGGGGGAGGAGCUACAGCGGCGAUGGAUGGACGUCCUAUCAAGGGCCGGGAGGGGGGAGGAGCAUCAGGUCCACCGGCCAAUCGCAGAGAGCCUGGAGGAGGAGGGGGAGGAGUUAGCAGCAGAGGGCGAGAACACGUGAUUCUAUUGGACGCGAAGGAUGGCGACGAUGGAGGCGGGUCGUUAAUCAAAGAUCAAUUAAGAUCAAUCGUUAUUGGAACAAAACAAAAGCAGAAGAAAAGCAGCAUCCAGUGGUAGCUGAUAUUAACACACACACACACACACACACACACAGACACACACAGACACACACACACACACACACACACAGACACACACAGACAGACACACACACACACACAGAGACACACACACACACA